AUGUCAAAACCAACAUACAUUCGAGCCAAAAGAGAAAAGACAACAUUAUUCUUGUGCAUCGAGCCAAAAGACACACUUGAGCAGGUGAAAACCAAAUUAUGCCAAGCAUUAGAGAACAAAAAGACAAACGACGAAGUGAGAUUGCUUGUCGACGGUAAGAUCAAAGGGGACUAUUCAGUUUUGGAGAAUACAAAGGCAUUGGAGAACAAUGCCAUCGUCUAUUAUGUCUAUUAUGAUCGCAACGAUGGACAAUGGGAAAAUGUGAAUGUGAUUGAGCCAGAGCUACUAGACGAUGAUUUGAUGGAGGAGGAAGAGGUGCCAGCAGCCAGCACAACCAAGAAAGAGAAAGGAAAGGGCAGAGCUUAA